CGCCGCGCCUUAGCCCUUCCGACGCAUGUGUACGUCGGGAAUUAGCUAACGCUUCCCAAGAUGGCGCGUGUGCUGAAGGCGGCGACUGCGAGCGCCGUAGGGCUUUUUCCCAGACUUCAAACUCCAGUUCCAACAGUAAGAACUUUUUCCAUGUCCCUGUCCUCGCAUCAAGUGGCUGGUCCUGUAUGGAACCUCGGUCGACUCAAUCAUGUCGCAGUAGCAGUGCCAGACUUGGAAAAGGCCAAGGCAUUUUAUAAGAACGUUCUCGGGGCCCAGGUAGGUGAGACGGUCCCUCUUCCUGAGCAUGGAGUAUCCGUUGUUUUUGUCAACCUGGGAAAUACCAAGAUGGAGCUGCUUCAUCCACUGGGAAAUGACAGUCCAAUUGCAGGUUUUCUGCAGAAAAACAAGGCUGGAGGAAUGCAUCACAUCUGCAUUGAGUCUAGGAUGAUGAUUUUCCAAGACAGAGGAGAAUUACUCUUCCAUCAGGUGGAUAAUAUAAAUGCAGCUGUGAUGAAUUUGAAAGAAAAGAAGAUUCGUAUUCUAAGUGAAGAGGCCAAAAUAGGAGCACAUGGAAAACCUGUGAUUUUUCUCCAUCCUAAAGACUGUGGUGGAGUCCUUGUGGAAUUGGAGCAAGUGUGACUUACAUUCUCAAGAAACUAAAUUAAUUGCCCUGAAAAAGCCUUAUCAAAAUGUGCUUUGGCAUUGAGUUCUUCACUGCUUCCAUCACUUAAAAGUUAAAUCUAAUCACAGAAAGAGAUUUUUAAAAAUUAUAUGUGUGUGUAUAUAUAUACACACACAUAAAAUAUUUGCUAAUUACUUCGGUUUUUUUCCUGAUUUGGAGAAAACUUUGAUUACUAAGUACUUAUGGAAUAUUAGUAAAAUCAUAUUCAUAGAAAUAAA